AUGGAAUCCCAUUCUCUGAGGAUAUUAUUAUCUCUUACAGUAAUCUUAUCACUUUUUAUUCCAAAUCCAGUAUAUGCUAAAACCAUUUGUGAGUUUCCAGCUAUAUUCAACUUCGGCGACUCGAAUUCUGAUACCGGUGGCUUGUCCGCGGCAUUCGGCCAGGCUUGGCCGCCCAAUGGAGAGUCAUACUUCCAUGGACCGGCAGGGCGGUACUGUGACGGCAGGCUGGUCAUUGAUUUUAUUGCUGAGAGCUUAAGACUACCAUAUUUGAACGCUUUCCUUGAUGCAUUAGGCUCAAAUUUCAGCCAUGGUGCCAAUUUCGCGACUGCCGGUUCAACCAUUAGACCCCAAAACACGACUUUACAGCAGAGCGGUUUUAGUCCCAUUUCAUUAAACGUACAAUAUUAUCAAUUCAAUGAUUUUCAACAUAGAUCUCAGAUUAUCCGAAGUAAAGGGGGAGUUUUCAAGGAAUUAUUGCCAAAGGAUGUCGAUUUUUCACGUGCCUUGUACACAUUUGAUAUUGGCCAAAAUGAUUUAUCUGCUGGUUAUUUCCUCAACAUGAGCACUGAUCAAGUUAGAGCAUAUGUUCCUGAUGUACUAGAUCAAUUCAAAACCGUUAUUAAGUAUAUACAUGAUCAUGGAGGUAGGUCGUUUUGGAUACACAACACCGGACCUGUUGGUUGUCUACCGUAUAUUCUGGACCGUCUUCCAAUCACUGCCGGACAAGUCGAUAAGGCUGGAUGUGCGGCCCCUUUUAACGAGGUGGCUCAAUAUUUCAACCGCGAGUUGAAGAAGGCUGUGAUUCGUCUUCGAAAGGAUUUUCCAUUAGCAGCCUUCACUUACGUUGAUGUCUAUUCAGUCAAGUACGAGCUCAUCAGUCAAGCAAAGAAGUAUGGUUUCGUCCACCCUCUACGAGCUUGUUGUGGGCAUGGAGGGAGAUACAACUACAAUGUAAAUCAUGGUUGUGGAAGCAAAAUGGAAGUGAAUGGGAAAGAAAUAAUGGUGGGAAAAUCAUGCAAGGAUCCAUCAGUUACGAUAAAUUGGGAUGGAGUACACUAUACUCAGGCUGCAAACAAAUGGAUUUUUGAUCAAAUUGUGAAUGGCUCAUUUUCAGAUCCACCAAUUCCCUUGAAGAUGGCUUGCUACAGGCAAUAA